CAUAACAAAUUAAAUUGAAUUUGUCAUGUAAUGUAUUUAGUAGGUAUUUAAUAUUUAUAGACAGUAUUAUUAUUAGUACUUAGUAUUUACUAGUAGCAAAUAAUAGCUAUUCUAUUAUAGCACUAACCGAAUUUCCGCCUGUUGUAACUCGUGAGUAUUUCCGUUUUUUAGACCUUUUCAAGUGUGCAGUUUCAUUCACGAAUUAUUUCAAAAUGAGUAUUAUGGACUAUAAUGGUGGCGCCUUAAUUGGCAUGAAAGGCAAAGACUGUGUUGCCAUUGCAACUGAUAAGCGAUUUGGUAUACAAGCCCAAACAGUCUCUCUUGAUUUCACAAAAGUUUUUCAAAUAAAUCCUCAUACAUAUAUGGGAUUUCCUGGUUUAGCUACAGAUAUAUUUACCGUAUAUGAAAAAAUAAUGUUCAGAAAAAGGUUAUAUGAAUUAAAAGAAAAUCGGAAAAUUUCUCCUAAAGCACUAGCGUCUCUGGUCUCCAAUUUGUUGUAUGAAAACAGGUUUUCACCAUUCUUUGUCGAACCAAUGAUUGUUGCUUUAGAUGAAGUGACAUUGGAACCAUAUAUGUGUGACAUGGAUUUAAUUGGAUGUGUAAACAAGUCCGAUAACUUUGUGGUUGGAGGUACUAGUUCAAGCCAACUAUACGGUCUUUGUGAAGCUCUUUGGGAGCCUGAUAUGGAAGAAGAUCAACUAUUUGAAACUAUCUCACAAGCUUUGGUUAGUGCUUGCAAUCGCGAUGCUAUUUCUGGUUGGGGUGCUAAAGUUUACAUUAUUAAAAAAGACAAGAUAAUUGUGCGUGAUAUCAAGACACGAAUGGAUUAGAUGUUGGAACACACAGCAAUUUCAAUAAAAUUUGAACACAUUUUUGUAAAAAUUAUUAUUCUUAUGGAAAGUUAUAAAUGGAAUAAAACUAAUAUUUUAAUAAAAUAAAGUAUUUUAUUUUGUAAUUUGAAUAUUUAAAUAUUAAGAAUAUUUUUAAAAAUAUAUAAAAAUCAAG